CCGGCCCGGCCCGGCGCGGCGGCGGCGGCGGCGUUAGCGGCGGCCACGCCAGAGCCCGGGGGCGCCGAGCGCGAGGCCGCCGCGGGGGCCCGGCCGGCGCGCGGGGACGCCGCCUCGGCCGCCAUGCCGCUGCUCUUCCUCGAGCGCUUCCCCUGGCCCAGCCUGCGCACCUACGCGGGCCUCAGCGGCCUGGCCCUGCUGGCCACCAUCGUCAGCGCCUACCGCGCGCUCCGCCGGCCCGACGCCGCCGACCCCGAGGAGCCGCUGGCGCCGCCCGAGCCCCCGGAGCCGGGCGCGAGCGCGGGGGGCCCGCGGGCCCGCGACGUGGCCCAGUACCUGCUGUCCGACAGCCUGUUCGUCUGGGUUCUAGUAAACACUGCUUGCUGUGUUUUGAUGUUGGUGGCUAAACUAAUCCAGUAUAUUGUGUUUGGCCCUCUUCGAGUGAGCGAGAGACAGCACCUCAAAGACAAAUUUUGGAAUUUUAUUUUCUACAAGUUCAUUUUCAUUUUUGGUGUGCUGAAUGUCCAGACAGUGGAAGAGGUGGUCAUGUGGUGCCUGUGGUUUGCUGGACUUGUAUUCCUACAUCUGAUGGUUCAGCUCUGCAAGGAUCGAUUUGAAUAUCUUUCCUUUUCUCCCACCACACCGAUGAGCAGCCAUGGCCGGGUUCUGUCGCUCUUGGUGGCCAUGCUGCUCUCUUGCUGUGGGCUAGCGGUUGUGUGCUGUGUCACAGGCUACAACCAUGGAAUGCACACAUUGGCUUUCAUGGCAGCAGAGUCUCUUCUUGUGACAGUGAGGACUGCUCAUGUGAUUCUACGAUACGUAAUUCAUCUCUGGGACCUGAACCAUGAAGGAACCUGGGAAGGGAAGGGAACGUAUGUCUAUUACACAGAUUUUGUCAUGGAGCUCACACUCUUGUCCUUGGACCUCAUGCACCAUAUUCAUAUGUUGUUAUUUGGCAACAUCUGGUUAUCUAUGGCAAGUUUGGUCAUCUUUAUGCAGUUGCGUUACCUGUUCCAUGAGGUACAGCGCCGGAUCCGUCGGCACAAGAACUAUUUGCGUGUGGUUGGGAACAUGGAAGCCAGGUUUGCAGUUGCUACUCCGGAGGAGCUUGCAGUCAAUAACGACGACUGCGCCAUCUGCUGGGACUCGAUGCAGGCUGCCAGAAAACUUCCCUGUGGACAUCUCUUCCACAACUCCUGUCUUCGCUCCUGGUUAGAACAAGACACCUCCUGCCCAACAUGCAGAAUGUCUCUCAACAUCGCUGACAAUAAUCGGGUCCGAGAAGACCACCAAGGAGAGAACUUGGAUGAGAAUUUGGUUCCUGUAGCAGCAGCUGAAGGCAGACCUCGCUUAAACCAACACAAUCACUUCUUCCACUUUGAUGGCUCCCGAAUUGCCAGUUGGCUGCCGAGUUUCUCAGUGGAAGUGAUGCACACCACCAAUAUUCUGGGCAUAACACAGGCCAGCAACUCCCAGCUGAAUGCCAUGGCUCAUCAGAUUCAAGAAAUGUUUCCCCAAGUUCCCUACCACCUUGUGCUGCAGGACCUACAACUGACACGCUCUGUGGAAAUAACGACAGACAAUAUUCUGGAGGGAAGGAUCCAAGUCCCUUUCCCUACACAGAGGUCGGACAGCAUUAGACCUGCACUCAACAGUCCCAUGGAAAGGCCCAGUGGUGACCAGGAGGAGGGAGAGACCUCUGUUCAGAGUGAGCGUGUGCCACUGGACCUCAGCCCUCGGCUCGAGGAGGCCUCAGACUUCGGCGAGUUGGAAGUGGAGCCCAGCGAGGGGGAAGACUUUGAGGCACGAGGCGGCCGCUUCUCCAAGUCCGCCGAUGAGCGACAGCGCAUGUUAGUCCAGCGGAAGGAUGACCUGCUGCAGCAAGCUCGGAAGCGCUUCUUGAAUAAAAGUUCUGAAGAUGACUCAGCCUCCGAGAGUCUGAGGCGCCCUUCGGAAGGCACGACCUCUGAUCCCGUGACCCUUCGACGCCGGAUGCUGGCCGCUGCGGCUGAACGGAGACUUCAGAAGCAGCAGGCCUCUUAGCGCCCCCGGCCUUCCCGGAGGCCUGUGUGCCUCUGCCUGCUGUGGGAAGCGUGGGCUGGACUGCAGUGCCGCUGUAUAAAGCAUGUGGUCUCACUACUGUUGGGACAGCCGACAAAUUCAAUCCUUUUGUAAUACUUUGUAUGUGACAUUUCUCUUCCCUUAGAAACACUGCACAUCUAACUCUAGGCAUGAUCUCUUCUGGCAUUGACCGGACUUCUUAGGGGUGGGGAAGAUCAAGAGGAAGUGGGUGACCAGAGACCCAGAAUGACUGUGUGCAAAAGUCCCAACAAGUGCUGGGCUCUUGUCCUGAUCUGGUAGGAGGGAGGUGGGGGCCGGGUUCACACAAAGCAGUGCAGAGCUUUAUGGCAGGAGCCUGGCGCCCCACCACUGCGCAGCUCUGCUCCAGCUGUUCUGCUCAGGAAUCCUUGAGAAUGUUCUAGUUCACACUCUCAGGCUCCUGGAGCCCUGAGCUGGCGGGGCAUCUCAGGAAAAGAGCACAUGGUUUGGACACGUGAAGCAAAGGAGGGGAGAGUAGUGUGUGUGGAGGUGAACUAUUGUGCCCUAUCAUAUCAGGGACUCGUUUUCCGAGCCCCCCCCAAUCCAAAGCUGGCUUUAUUUCCGUUAACGCUGGUGCUCCUGCCUCUCACAAGUGUCCCCUGUGUGUCUGUCCUCUGUGCGUUUCAUUGCCUCCUCCACUCCUUUGGAUACAAGGACAGUCAGUGCUUAAAGAGUAAAGCAGCAAGCUUUGGUUUAUGGUUUUAAUUUCUUGGUCAAAUAAAUUAGGCAAUGCCAAAGGCUGUAGAUUUAGUUCUUAGAGAAAAUGUGGGCCUUCCAAGAUGGGAGAGUACCUUUUUAGAGGACAUAAUUGAUGAAAUGAAAGAUAUCUUUUGUAUCUUUCUUCCCUGGAGCCCAUCAUUUUCAUGACUUUUUUCCUAUUGGUUUAAUUAAGCAUAGAAAGGUAAGCUGUCUGCCUGCUUUGGAGCAGAACCAGGCCCCCAACCUUUUCAAAUUCUUCACACACUUAAGGAUUUGAAACAUGAAAAUCAUAGGCUACACAGUUUUAUGUCCUAUUGAAUUUUUUUUAAUGUUUGAAAGUAUAGUUUGAUGGUAGUCCUUUUGGGAAGAACCAGUAUUACCUAAAAUUAUUGGCACAGUUAAAUGUAUUUUGCAUAACAAAGUUUUUAGACUGUUGAAAUUAAUUGAAAAAAAAGUGAUGAGUAAAUAUUUAGGAUGAGGUAAUUUAUUUCAAUAAAUCUUUCAAAAGCCUUACCUAGA